AUGUUAUCAUUUACAAUAUUACUAAAAAAUAUUAAAUAUUUACAAAUUCAAGGUCAACAAAAUAAUUUAAAACUUAAUAAAUAUCUUAAACAAUGUUCAAAUCAACUUGUAUCAUUAAAAAUUUUUGGAUUACCAAAUCAUUUAUCUCAUAUGCCUAAACUUCGACAAUUAACUAUUCAAAAAGUUAUGUUUAAUUUAAAUAUGAUAUCAAAAUUAUCAUUUUUAUGUCCUUAUCUUGAAUUACUCUACUCAGAAUUAUCAUAA